CGCCCCGCGCCCUGCGCCGCCGCCGCGCCGCCGGCUCGUCUCCUCCGGGUUCCCAGCCCCGGGUGCUGAGGCUCCGGUCUAUAUAUAGCAGGUUACAGCUCCCGCUGGCGCGUACAAGCUCACCCGCGAACGCCGGAAAGUCAGGCUCAAAGUGCUGCUGCCGCUGCCGCCCCCUACUCCGCCUCCGGGAGAGAACCCAAAGAAAUGGUGUCACCUGGCAAGAGAUCUGCUAUCCUUUAUGAAAAAUCAGACCAAGAGCUCUGAAAUCAGCAAGGCAGUAAUCAAAGAGCAGAACUGUUUGAGGAAUACCACAAGAAAGCAGAAUUUCAGAGUGGGAUAUCAGGACUUUAGUGUGAAGAUACAUCUGUAUUAAACCAGGUAUCAUUGGCAGUGACAUUUGUGCACAAAUAUUUGGAAGAUUUAAAGAACUGUGAAGGUUGAUCAUGGAAAUCAAAGAGGAAGGAGCAUCAGAAGAAGGCCAGAACUUUCUGCCCACACCCCAGGCAAAUGAUACUGGGGAAUUUCAGUUCACAAGUAUUCAGAAGACUCCAAAUGAACCUCAGCUGGAAUUCAUCCUUGCAUGCAAGGAUCUUGUGGCUCCCGUGCGUGAUAGGAAGCUGAAUACACUGGUGCAGAUCUCAGUAAUCCACCCAGCGGAGCAGGGUCUGACAAGAUACUCCAGCACGGAAAUUGUGGAGGGAACAAGAGACCCACUGUUCUUGACUGGUGUCACAUUCCCAUCUGAGUAUCCCAUCUAUGAGGAGACCAAAAUAAAACUAACAGUCUAUGAUGUCAAGGAUAAGUCUUAUGACACUGUUAGAACAAGUGUCCUCCCUGAACAUAAGGAUCCCCCGCCAGAGGUUGGGCGAAGCUUUCUGGGCUAUGCCAGUUUUAAAGUCGGAGAUCUACUGAAGUCCAAGGAGCAAGUGCUGACCCUGAGCCUGAGAACUUCAGAUGGUGGCAAGGUUGUUGGCACCAUACAAGUCAGUGUCGUGAAGAUGGGGGAGAUUGAGGAUGGGGAAGCCGACCACAUCACGACAGAUGUGCAGGGACAAAAGUGUGCACUGGUAUGUGAAUGUACAGCCCCAGAAACUGUGAGCAGAAAAGAUAACCUACCUUUUUUGAACGCAGUGUUAAAGAACCCAGUGUGUAAAUUAUAUAGAUUUCCCACAUCUGACAAUAAGUGGAUGCGAAUCCGGGAGCAGAUGUCAGAGAGCAUACUUUCUUUUCAUAUUCCUAAGGAAUUGAUCUCUCUUCAAAUCAAAGAAGAUUUGUGUAGAAACCAGGAGCUAAAAGAACUUGGUGAGCUUUCUCCACACUGGGACAAUCUACGAAAAAAUGUCCUUACUCACUGUGAUCAAAUGGUGAAUAUGUACCAAGACAUUCUGACAGAACUCAGCAAGGAAACAGGGUCCUCUUUCAAAUCAAGCAGCAGCAAAGGAGAGAAAACAUUAGAAUUUGUUCCGAUAAACCUACAUCUGCAAAGAAUGCACGUACACAGCCCUCACUUGAAAGAUGCUCUCUACGAUGUCAUCACUGUGGGAGCCCCAGCUGCGCAUUUUCAGGGAUUUAAGAAUGGUGGUCUUCGGAAACUACUCCAUAGAUUUGAAACGGAAAGAAGAAAUACUGGAUACCAGUUUAUUUACUAUUCACCUGAAAACACAGCCAAAGCAAAAGAAGUUCUCAGCAACAUCAAUCAACUACAACCUCUUAUAGCAACCCAUGCAGACCUACUGCUUAAUUCUGCAAGCCAGCAUUCUCCAGACAGCUUGAAGAAUUCUUUAAAGAUGCUUUCAGAAAAAACAGAGCUUUUCGUACAUGCCUUCAAGGAUCAGCUGGUCAGAAGUGCCCUUUUAGCACUUUACACUGCCAGGCCAGGAGGUGUCCUUAAGAAGCCGCCCUCUCCUAAGAACAGCACAGAGGAGAGCAGUUCCCAGGACCCACCCCCGCCGAUGAGAAGGCAGGACUCCAUACCGCAUCAUUCGGACUACGAUGAGGAAGAGUGGGAUAGGGUGUGGGCCCACGUGGGCAAGAGCCUGAACUGCAUUAUUGCUAUGGUGGAUAAACUGAUUGAAAGAGACGGCAGCAGUGAAGGAGACGAUGGCAGCGGCAAAGAUGGAGAAAAGGGCCAUUCUCUAGGGGACUCCGUGAUAACUCAUCCACAGGAGGACUGGUAUGAACAGUUGUAUCCCCUCAUCCUCACCCUGAAGGACUGCAUGGGAGAAGUGGUGAAUCGAGCCAAGCAGUCCCUGACGUUCGUGCUCCUUCAGGAGCUGGCCUACAGCCUUCCCCAAUGUUUGAUGCUGACGCUAAGAAGAGACGUCGUCUUCAGCCAAGCACUUGCUGGAUUGGUCUGUGGUUUUAUCAUCAAACUGCACACAAGUUUGUAUGACCCUGGCUUCCUUGAGCAGCUUCACACGGUGGGAUUGAUAGUACAAUAUGAAGGACUGCUAAGUACAUAUAGUGAGGAAAUUGGAAUGCUGGAGGACAUGGCCGUUGGUAUUUCAGAUUUGAAGAAAGUCGCUUUUAAAAUAACUGAAGCCACAUCCAAUGAUGUCUUGCCAGUUAUAACAGGAAGGCGUGAACAUUAUGUGGUGGAGGUGAAGCUUCCAGGCAGAAUGUUUGAGUCCCUGCCUCUACAGAUUAAAGAAGGACAAUUGCUUCAUGUGUAUCCAGUACUUUUUAAUGUUGGAAUCAAUGAACAGCAAACUCUUGCUGAGAGGUUUGGAGAUGUCUCUUUGCAAGAAAGUAUUAAUCAGGAAAAUUUUGAACUUCUGAAAGAAUAUUACACGGUAUUUAUGGAAAAGAUGCCUCCCGAUUACAUUUCACAUUUUCAAGAACAAAAUGAUUUAAAAGGAUUACUAGAAAAUCUCCAGCAAAAUAUUCAAGCCAAAAAGAGAAAGAAUGUAGAAAUCAUGUGGCUGGCUGCAACGAUUUGUCGCAAACUAAAUGGCAUCCGUUUCACCUGUUGUAAAAGUGCCAAAGACAGGACGUCGAUGUCAGUGACACUUGAACAAUGCUCAAUCUUGAGGGAUGAACACCAGUUACACAAGGACUUCUUUAUCCGAGCACUGGAUUGUAUGAGAAGAGAAGGCUGCCGCAUAGAAAAUGUACUGAAGAAUAUCAAAUGCAGGAAGUAUGCUUUCAACAUGCUACAGCUGAUGGCUUUCCCCAAGUACUACAGACCUCCAGAGGGGACUUAUGGAAAAGCUGACACCUAAGUUUACCAACAUGUAAAUAAACAGGAACACAAAUACGCUUCCGCUGGAUAAUCUCUACCUUUUUUACGUUUUCAUUGUCAUGAAUUUGUGGAGGGAGGUGAUCAGGGAUAUUUGCCCAAAUCUAGGAAUUACUUGAAUUAGUUAUCAGCAUAUGACUCUGAAAGAAAUCCAUUAAACAAACCUUAAAUCAUAUCGCGUUUCUAGGUCUAAGCUUGUAUUGAUUCUCGCUGGUUGAGAUCAGCUCAGAAAGUGUACAUUUCAUUCAUGGGGUAUUUUAAUGAAAGACAUUCUGAGAAAAGCUAGGUCGCUACAGGGGACCUGGGGGUGAUUCAGAGAGUGGCCUUCUCCACUCCAAAGCUAUGAUAGAGUGUAAAGGGAAGAGAGACUUUGAGAUAUUAUUCCAUAGCCUUUCUCACAAAUAACCUGAGAGCCCAUUUCUGGGCUUUAGAAAAUAUUUUUCUAGUUACUUGAGACUAGGGAGAGUUAACUCAUGAUUUUGACUACAGAAGCAGUUUAUGUGUGCUUGUAAGGACUUGUGUCAUCCAGUGGAGGUGUGACAGGUCCUCCUAAACACGUAGAUGGACAGUGUUAGUAAAGCAGUAAAAAUACUUUUCAAAAGUAUAGUAUCUUCUCAAAACUCUGACUUAGGUUCGAUGGCCCCAUCAGCCUUAACUUUAUGUAGUCAAGUUCAUGAAAAACUGUAAAAUAUCUUUGAGGUGUUUUCUAGCAGUCAUCUUGGUAUAGAACGUAGAUGGUGUAAGUAUGCAUUGUCUAGCAUAGAUUAGUAUACGUGAAUAAACCUUUUAAAACAUAGGCCACCAUAACUAAUGAUAAACCAAAACAAUUAUUUCUCUUAAAUAGAAUUUCACAUUUGCCCUUACUUAGUAAAAUAACACUGAAAGUUUUCCAAAACUCCAAAUCAGAAGUUGCCUUAGAGAUCAUCAUGUAUAACACCAUUAUAAAUGGCUAAAUUAAAGCACAAGGAAGAUAUACCCCCAGUUACCCAGCUAGAUAAUUUUAGAACCCUGGUUACAAUCGCUUCUUACCUUCUUAGCUUGUGGCUUGUCUGUUCUCUAAAUUGCCGCACUAAAUAUAUACAUGCAGAUUUGGGAAGAAUGCUAGUUAGUUAAAUAGAAAUUGGCAUUUACUGCUGGAAUUGAAGCUUGGAGUAUAAGGGUCUGAACAAAUGAGAUUCUUUUUCUCCAAAUUUUAAGAAUCUAUUCUUUUUCCUUUCUCAUCAGAGGAGCAUGCCAUCCAGAGCAUAAAUCUCCCUUGGAAAUGCCAGAGGCCUGUUCCACUGACACUUCUUAGCUGUGACCACAUUCAAUGGAUGAUCUUAGGGGCUUUCCAUAGCUGAUGUAAUAGCUCCUCCACGAAGAUGCCUGUUGAAAUGAGAAUUCCAAACAUAUCUCUAGGCUCAUAUUAGGUUUUUCAAAUUACUGCGUUUUAGAUAACGCUUUGGGGCUUUUAAUGCCAGUAUUAUUAAUCUAUUAUUUUAGUUAAGGACUUGUGGGCAUUAUACUUGAGGCAGGUGUCAAAACUAUUUACAGCCUUUUUCAUAAGAAGAUGCUGUGUACCGUGGAUCUAUUCAUGGACAGGUUAUCUUGGUGUUCUCCUUUAUGCCUCGUUCUUCAUUUCACUGAGUAAAUAUAAUCUUUGAAUUGUUCAAUUUCAUUUGAAAAUGGUAGCAUUUGUGAUUAUUUUCAUUAUCCCACUGGAUUUAAGGUACAGAGGUUGGGAUGACAGAGGUUUCCCUGAAUAACUGUGAAGCCUCAUUCAGUAUAUCAAAUGGUAGUCUGAGUUCCAAGAUAACUUAGCUGAUUUACCAUCUUGUAAAUAUUCUUAUAAACAAUAGCUUUUUGUUUGUAUUUUUAAGAAUGAAACCUCUUGACUCAAAUAUGGAAAAAAAUAUUAACUACAAAGCCAACAGUAGAGUUUUGGGAAGACAUUUCAAAGACCUUUUGCUUCUUUAUUAAGUACUCAUAUAAAAAUUCUAAAAGAGUAGAGCUGACUGUAAUACAAAUGCAUGUAAGUUCUCAUUUAUUAUUAGCAUAAUCAUCUGCAUUUCCCUACUGGAAGCUUAUAUUUGUGCACACUUCUAAAAGUGGAUUUCAUCCAGAAAAUUUUUGUUUCUUAUUGACAACAAUGUUGCUCCUUUCCUGAGAGGUAUUCCAAGUAUCCUUGGAAAACUACUUCAUUAUUUCUUAAAUUAUGAACGCUUUCUAAAUCAAAGGAAAAAUAUGAAACAAAAAGUUUUAAAAUCUCUUUUGUACAAACACAGGCUCAGUCAUGCUUUUCUAUCUUCAUUUUCGUUUAAAACAUGCACCAAUCAUUCUAUUUUAAAGGAUCACGUUGAGUCAGAAACUGAACCAAGAAAGUAACAUUUCCAAACAAGACAAUUUUUUUGGUUCAAAAACAUGUUUGCCCUCUGAUAUCCUUAAAUGUAGAUAAAAAUUCUGUAUUUGCUAUUUACAAAGUCCUAUAGAAAACAUAUUUAAAAACAAGGGAAGGUGGAAUCCUAAUUAUGUUUGGCCCAGUGACCAAAGAUCCAGAGCCUGAAAAUGUCCUACAAAACAGCUGAACAUUAAAGUUUGAAAUAUUUUAUUGAAUCAGACCCACAUUUUAGAUGCACCCAUUCAUUUAUUUCUUGUGUGGUUGUUUCUUUCUUGUAAAUAUUGCCUUGGGUUUUGUCUACACUCUGCCCAAACAAUCCUUUGAUGUAAAUAGUUUGGUCAAUCCAAUAACCCAGUGAGUCAGAGCAACCAUCUGAUCCUGCUUACAAAUGGUACUGAAAUGACCAACUGCCCAGUUAGAGCAGGAGCCCAGGUAACUAACCUCUAGUCCUUACUUUAUAAGACUAACACCUCUUCUUCUGAGGAACUGUGAAGUCUUAAAAGCUAGCAUCUGGUUGAAGGAUACUUCCCUUUUUCUUUCUCUCAGCUAACUAUAGUAUUUUGCACAGAAUAAGAUGGUGGAAAAGAAAAAGAUUUGUGUAGAGCCAUGCUUUUCUUCCCAAGCAAAUCAAACCCCCUCCUAUGUCAAGUUAGAUACGUGCCAAGAGGAGGAUAACAGUGGUGUGCUGGAAAGUGGCUCAUGCUGACUUAUGAUAGCUAUCACUAAAUUCUGUAAGCCAGUUGUGAAAACACAGCCAUCAUUAAAUAUUAAACUAUAAAAUACAGUUGAAUAGAUUUUAUUAAAAACAAAGGUAAUAAUCAAAACUUACCGAUUCCUAAUUGUUUUAGUACAUUUUACUAUUGACCUCUGCCCUCGAGGUUGUUUAUGUCAAUUGUAUCUGUCCAGUGGAAACACAAUAUUAUAAUAUGCUAACUGUGCCUCUCUCUCUUCCUGACCCCACAUUCAGUAACAUCACAUCCCUAGCUUGAAAUUGACUACAGUGAGAGUUACACCACAGAAACUUCCAAAUGCUACCAACCCAUACUUUUAACUCCUGGAAAGCCAGUUGUCAAACAAUUACCAGCACAUAACUGAAUGCCGCCAUCACUUUUUCUCCAGAAAAUAACCAAUAAUGGGAAGCAGUAUUAAAUUACUAGAAUGAUAUAAAAUGCAAUCACUCAUCUUCAGAUGGCUACAAUUUUGAUUUGGUUUUUACCCUCUUUAAAGACUCCUAUUAGACUAUAAGUAAUAUUUGAUGUUUAUAUUUUAUUCAUAAUUAAAUCAUUUAAUCAUAACGAUGUGUUUUAAAAACGUCUCUCUCUAUGAUGUUCUGCAAGAGGAACCUCAGCAAUGCAGCUUUAGUGUACGUAAUAACUUCAGGCUAAAUUCAGGGAAAUGGUAGCCUAAUUAGUGUAUCACUAAAAAUGUGCUUCAGUAUCAAUUUUUAAGUUUAUCAGUUUAGCAUUAGCUAAAAGAAGAAAAACAGUAACAUAUUACCAUGCCCAGAUUCUAAUAAAUAUAGCUCAAUUGAAAGCCCAACUGUUAGAUUAAACAAGUGAAACUCUGGCAGCAUACUAAUUCACACAGAUGUUUUAGGUGUUUGAUUUCCAAACAGGAUGGUCUAUCCAUGAUUUAGUUCAAUAGACAGGGCACCUUUUGUAAUCUUUUGAGAAAUAAAUUAACUCUUAUCACCAUUUAAGAAACUGGUCUGAGAAAAAAACUGAUCAUCAGUUGCAGAGGGAAGCAAACAUAUUGAACACAAGGCAUCCCAAGUAGCUGGAGGCUUCACAAAUUAUGUGCUGCUGAAGAGAAUGAUUUGCUGAGAGUUGUAUAGUGGAUUGACAAUUUCAGGUGAAUUCACAGAUUCACAUUCAUUUAGCCCAGCUGUAAUCGGCAAGAGCUAUGCCCUUUCCCCCCCAUAUUUAUGUUUCAUUGCUUUAUAAACAAAGUACUGAUGUAUUAGAGCUUUUGUUUCUUUGGAAGAUUUAAGUUAGAACUUUUCCAAACAGAUGCUAUCUCUAGCAAAGACUGUCUUUAAGAACAGAAAAAUACAGUUAAUGUUUUAGAUAAAAUAUGGCAGGCCAAUUAGGUAUAAAGGUAAGGUAUGGAAAUUUGGAUUUUUCCUUCCUGAGUCAUAGUGUACAUUAAUCACUCUUUUAAUUUUAUUUCUAAGCAAGUAAGGGGAAUCUAAAACAUUUCUGAUGUCAAAGAAAUCAUAUCAGGCUGUUAGUAACAAGGAGGUAGGAAAAAAUUGUAAAGUCAUAUUAACUUUAAAAAUGUACAUGCCAUUAACUCUGCUGAGUUUGAACUUUUAUAGAUUGCAUGAAUAUUUAGAAUUUUAAAUUUGAAAAGGAAAACAAGACUCACAGUUAAGUAUAAUACCCAGAGAGACUGAACAUUAAAGGAGAGAAGACCUAAUACAAGUGAUGUUGCUUGAUAAACCAUUCUUUUAAGAUGUUGCACUUGCACACACAGUAUGAAUACAUUCACAAUCUUCCUAAAAUCAUCAAAAUUACUCCAAGGCCAUAAAAGGUCACAACUCAGCAGUACAUCUUUAAUGAUGACUUGGUGCGGUUUUAUUGACUAGCAGGCAAUAUUGACUCAAAUAUUGGCAAAAUUGCUCUAUUAUCUUUAUAGUUCUUCUGAUGCUUUUAUAUCGCUAUCAAUAUUAAAAACCAUUUCAUGUCAAAGGGCUUUCCAACUUUUAAAAGGCAGGCUCCAAGUGUUUGUAAAUGUAUAGACACUCCCAUUUUAUGGCACAUGUGCAAUCCUUUGUACACAUAUACUCAUAUGAAGAUUUUAUUAUUUUAUUUAACCUAAUAUCUGAUUUUCAGAUUCUUGCGGUACUUAUCUGAAACAUUGGCAUUUGCUUUAAUGUUAAAUGUAUAUUCCAGAUCAACCAAUAAUGUAUAGUCCCAGGAAAUGAGGCACAAAUAGGUUAGAUCAUUUUCUAUUGGUAUUUGAAGAAAUAUCAUUUUGUUUUAUUGUUCUGUGUAAACCAUAUUCAUUGUACACUGUGUGUAUAUUUUUGUUUAAAUAAAUGUGAUUUUUAUUUUUUA